UAAACAAUAUGACAUUAUGCUCCUGCUCCAUGAGGAAGAUGCUUUUAGUAUGAUCCUUCGACAUCUAUGCUGUAAAAGAUAAACAAAGAUUUUCAAAAGCUAUCUAUAAUCAAUCAUCAAAGACUAUACUAUAUAAUGUUAAUCAAUGAUCAUAUACAUCAAUUCACGCUCGACCUUAUGCAUAAAUUAAAUGGAAAUCGUUCGUUGCAUUAUUACAAUGACAUUAGUACACUAGUAUGAUACUUUCUCUUCUGUGAUUUCUUAUUCUUAUAUUGUGAAUUUUUCAAAUUCUUAGAAGACCCAUCAACAAAAUACGAUUAUAUUUUAUGUUUAUUUUUAAAAACUGAAGAUUAAUAUAAGUUUACGCUGAAUCUUGAGAAAUUACCAAUAAUGAUUAGUCUUUUGUUGACAAAAAGAUAGACCUUUGUUGCCCAAAAAUUAGACUUUUAUAAGAAAAGCAAAACAUACUGAUGGAAAACAUUGUUGCCCAUACUUUUAUAAAUUAGACUUUUAUAAGAAAAGAAAAACAUCCAGGUUCUCGGGUCGAUUUCGGAUCGGGGUUUGUCGAGUCCAGACCGGUUCGGGUCUAUAAUUUUAUUGCCCGUAAAAUACUUAUAAUUUUCGGGUAUAUUUUGGGUGCGGGUCGAUUCGGGUAUUUAAAACUCGAAAUACUCGAAAUACCCGAAUUGGACCCAAAAACUCAUAAAAUACCCGAAAACUCCAUAAUUACUGAAAAUCCAACAAAAUGGCUAGACAAUUUACCAAAAAUCAGACCCGAAAAUCCAAAAGAUAUCCAAAAUUUUAUCCGGAUAACCGAAUUAUAUUUUUUGAAAAUCUAAAAUUUUACCCGAAAUCUGAAAUUAUACCCGAAAACCAGACCCAAAAAUUUUAAAAAAUAACUGAAAUAUCAAAAAAUACCAAAUUACCCAAAUAUACCUAAUAUAUAUAAUAAGUUUCGGGUAGGACCGGGAUCCGAACCGAGACCCGCGGAUCUAUAAAAAAAGGAUCCAACAGGUAUUUAGCAUGGACCCGGACCCGAACCUAUAUUUUCAGGUUGGUUCCGGAUAGGGUCUUCGGAUCCGGGUAAAAUGCCCAUGCCUAGAUGGACCCGUAAAGUAUCCUCUAGACUAUAUUUGCGAAGUGAUUUUGCCACAUCUACUCUCUACAAUCAAUUUCACAAAAUAAAUAUGACAUGUCUACUGAAAUUGAUGACAUGGCUUUCGGAAAAAUAUGACAUAGAUAAUUUCAUUUAAUGUUAAUUUAUAUUUUUGGCAAAUUUAUUAUAAUAUGGUAAUAAUUAAUAUAUUACAUUUAAUAUUGAUAUUUCUUUUUGGUAAACUUUUUUAAAAAUAUGGUAAUAGCUCAUACAUCAUCUAUAAAAUAAAUAUAUUAAUAUAUAAUAUUUCAAAUUUUGAAAUAUUAUUAUUUUGUAUAAUUAUACAAUUUUUAUUACUAAAGCUUUCAAAAAUUUCUACAAUUUUCAAAAAAAUUAAAUAUCUAAUCGUAAGAUCAUUAGUUUCUUAUCUAUUUACAAAUUUUGUGAAUAUUGUUUAGGCUAAAUUUUUGAUAAUUAUAUAAUUUUAUAUUAUUUUUAUUUGUUUUAUACAAAUUGAUUUAAUAUAUAUUAAAUAUUAAAUAUUAGUAAGAAAAUAGAAAAAUCUAUAAUAUUUAAUAAAAUUUAUUUUAAAAUAUAAGUUAAAUUUAAAAAAUUUCAUACUGCACAUGGUGCAGAAAAACACCCGGUAUGUUUUGUGUAAAACAAGUAUGUAAGCCACGAAGACAUUUUGGUGUCCUGUUUGUUAUGUUACGUAGAUAAAUUUCCAAACUGGAAUAAUUGUUAUAUCUUACAUAAAGAGGCCUGUACAUAAAUUAGUUAAAUCAUUUUUCAAUCUCGACCUGUUAAAUUAACAUUCUUUUUUCAUCAAUAAAAUGUUCAUGGCUUCAUGCACUUAGAUUUGAAUACAUACAUAUAUAUAUAUAUAUAUAUAUAUAUAUAUAUAUAUAUAUAUAUAUAUAUUGUUGGCUGUUGCUAAUAAGUUCACAAUGGUUAAUAUAUAAUGAAUAGAUUUAUACAAGAAACUAAAAGAGCUUCACAAGCUUGCCUUUAUCUCUUAUUCUUUCUCAUUUCUAAUUUUGUUUUAUGAUAGAUAACAGAGAAAAUUUCAACAAUAGAGAUAAAUCUCUUUGAAAGAUGAUUUGUGCAUGAUUCGCUAAUAAUUGUGCAUGAUUAUUUUCAAGUCAAAGAAAAUGCCGUGUUUUUGUUUCGUUUUGUCCUUUUGUUUCAAUUGUCAAACUAUAUUUGCCACUGAUUAUGAGUUUAUGUCCCAUUCGUAUUCUAGCUAGUUUCCUCUUCCUACCGGCAUUGAGCUGGUACAUGCGCAUUACUAGGUUACAGGACCGGGUCAGGGCCUGAAGCUUGAUUUGAUGUGCACCUACCAAAACAAAGAUCAAAAGAAGAACAAAAUUCUCAUUUUACUUCUUCCUUGGCAAGUUAUAAUUUUCUCCCUCGGAAGUUUCUAGUUAGUACCAUGUAUAAAGUAGUUAGUUUAUAAUUAAAUAAAGUUUUUAUUUCAUGUUCUUCAUCUUUAACUUGAUGGCACUGAGAAUUGCGUUGCUUCUCUUCCUUGCUUCACAUUUAUCCGUCUCGGUGACGUCGAGGAGCUUUACGAUAGAAAACAAAUGUGACUACACUAUAUGGCCUGCGACCUACAACUACCAGGGCUCGGUCGACACAACCGGUUUCAUUCUUGAAAAGGGAGAAAAACGUACCAUCAAUACAACGUCGUCAUGGAUAGGUUAUUUAUGGGGUAGAACGCUUUGUUCCAGAGACUCAUCAACAGGGUAUUUCUCAUGUAUCACCGGAGACUGCGACUCCGGCAAUAUAGAGUGCUCCAAAGAGGGCGUGCCUCCCGCAACUUUAGCCGAGUUUAACCUAGCUUCUGACGGUGGUAAUGACUAUUACGACGUCAGCGUCAUCAAUGGUUACAACGUCCCUGUGCUUGUAACACCGGAGAACGGAUUGUGCAAAAGCAUAGGAUGCGAUAUUGACAUUAAAAAGACGUGUCCGACGGAGUUGUGGAUCCCCGACAUAAGAUCCAACGAUCCAUACGCAUGCAGGACAUCGUGUCAGAAAAACCAGACGAGGGAGCUUUGUUGUGUCGGACAUUACCAGGAAGUUGGCAUACCACCGCAAGAAUGCAAGCGGACGAUUUACUCGGGGACUUUUAACCGUACGUGCCCAGGCGCUUAUAGCUACGCCUAUGACAAUAAUAGCAGCACGUUCACAUGUCCGUACUCCUCCAACUUUGUCAUCCAGUUUUGCCCUGGUCCCAACAGAACCACGAUCCCAUCCACCAAGAAAACUGGAGCAGGAGAAAAAGGAAAAUCUUUAUUGAAGUUAAUACUCAUAAUUGGAGGUUCAUCAGUUUUUGCUAUGAUCAUCAUUAUUGCGAUUGUGAUAAAGGUGAAAGCAAAUGAUAGGAGAAAGAGUGAUUGGGAUGGGAAGAACAUCGAAGCUGUUGUAAUGUUAAAACGAUUUAGUUAUGUACAAGUCAAGAAGAUGACAAAAUCAUUUGCGGAUGUUCUUGGGAGAGGGGGAUUUGGAACUGUCUAUAAAGGAAAGUUACCCGAUAGCAGCCGAGAUGUCGCAGUGAAGAUCUUGAAAGAGUCAAACGAGAACGGGGAAGAUUUCAUCAACGAAGUAGCUAGCAUGAGUAGAACCUCUCAUGUUAAUAUUGUUUCUCUGCUAGGGUUCUGCUAUGAAGGGAGCAAAAAAGCUAUAAUAUAUGAGUUCAUGCCAAAUGGAUCCCUAGACAAGUUCAUCUCCGAGAAGAUGUCGGAGAAAAUGGAAUGGAAAACGUUGUACAACAUUGCGGUAGGUGUGUCACGUGGCCUAGAGUACUUGCACAACCGUUGUGUAACGAGGAUAGUACAUUUUGAUAUAAAGCCGCAGAACAUACUCAUGGAUGGACAAUCUUGCCCCAAGAUUUCGGACUUCGGUCUUGCUAAGCUGUGCAAAAACAAUGAAAGCAUCAUGUCAAUGCUAGACACGAGAGGCACGGCAGGGUACAUUGCACCAGAAGUGUUUUCCAAGAAUUUUGGAGGAGUUUCUCACAAGUCGGACGUGUAUAGUUACGGAAUGGUGGUUCUUGAAAUGAUUGGAGCAAGGGACAAAGAAAAGGCUCAAAAAUCUGGAUCCAACAAUAAGUCGAUGUACUUCCCCGAUUGGAUUUAUAAAGAUGUUGAGAAGGGAGAAAUCAUGAGUUUUUUCGAAGAACAAAUAACUGAAGAAGAUGAUGAGAUAUUAGUAAGGAAAAUGGUAUUGGUGGGUUUGUGGUGUAUUCAGACAAAUCCAUUUGAUCGUCCAUCAAUGAGCAAAGUCGUUGAAAUGUUAGAAGGAAGUCCAGAGGCUCUAAGGAUUCCACCUAAGCCUCUUUUAUCUAUACCUGCAAUAAUAGUUCAAGGAAGUGCUGGUGAGGUUGAGGACACUUCAGGCUUCUCGAAACCGAGUCAAGAUACUUCACUUUAUUCCGAAGAAGCAGUUCAAGAUAUUACAGAAGAACAUAGCUUAAGAUCUUCCUAAACCAAGGCCUGCAAGUAGGAUCAUGGAAUCUUCUUUCCGGUUUGUUAAUGUUCAAGUUAGAAUCCUCUAUAUAUUAUUUGAAGAUCUUAAAAAAAAAUGUAACCUCAACUUUGUGUUAAUUACAUAAUAAAACUUGCUGGGGUGUCAAAAUACCUAACAUCAUGUUAUUGUUUAUGUGACAGUUUUAGAGAGAUUUUGGACAAACCUUAUACUAAAAAUUUAUUCUCUAGGAAAAUUCUACUAAUGUAACAUAACCUUUGUACAUAUUUAUAAAACAAAAUCUAUAUUCACGCUUCAAAGCUUUGUCACCAUCACAUGUAAACCCUAAAAACAAAACACAUCGCCGUUAUUAUGAUUUUGUGCAUGUUUCCAAGGAUGAUGAAGAGACCAAAGGUGGAGCGGGGAUGAGACUGUGAGGUAGUGAGGAUAACGAGACGAGCGAGAUGGAGUCCUAAGAGCUCUUGCGGCAACGAAGGACGAGAUGACGAAGAAGAAGUGGAGUGAGCCAGGGACACGAGGUCAUGGGGAAGAGGACGUGCGAGGAGUGGGAGCUUUGAAGAUUUCUACGGAGGAUUUGUUUGGUGUUGUUGUUUUUUGGGUGGUACCUUUGAUUUCGAUUGCAUGAUGGACAUCAGCAUAUAUGAGAUUGAAGUCUCUGUUAUGGCUAAACUUGAUUAUAUUUUGAGGUAUUAUCUUUGUACUGAAUGUUUCUGUGUGUUUAAAGCUGAAACUGUUAUGCAUUGUUGAUGAGCUUGAAA